UCAUGACUGACACUCUUAGACCUCCUUCACUCCAGGUGAGUGUGCCAAAAGAUGCUCCAGCAUACUCCGAUGGAGGAAACAAUGCUGUGUCAGAUGGCUCUGUGCGAUCCAGCUCGUCAACACCAACCCUCCGUCGCAAACGCUUCAAAAUGCGCCGCAUGAGGAAUGUGCCCAGUGAAAGGGAGAUCGAAAGAGGGCGGCCGACCAACUGCCACCUUACAGCCAGAUCUCGUUCCAGCUCCAAGGAGUACCUUCAGUUGCCUUCCAUCGAAAUCACACCAUCAAGCGACGAAGAUGCUGCUUCCUGGUCGAGGUGCUCCACACCAAGUGCAUCUCCUCGCCGUAAGCGUUUCCUGUUGAGGAAGUGGCUGAAGGUCAGAGAAAAGAAGGAGCAAGGCAGUGAGAGCAGCAGCCAGCAAAGCAGUCAGCAAAGCAGCCUGCAGAGUAGCCAUGAAGACGAAAGCAAUCGCUUCUUGACUCCAUUGAUCCGAGAGGAGAGGUCUGACAGUGCAGCGGACAAAAUCAGCACUGCCAGUAACUCAAACAAGAGCACGCCCGCCUGCUCACCAGUCCUGCGUAAACGCUCGCGCUCUCCCACACCACAGAGCCAGGAGGGUGAGAACAUGGUGGAGAAGGGUUCAGACCACUCCUCUGACAAGUCCCCCUCCACGCCUGAGCAGGUUGUCCAGAGAACGUACUCCGUGCAGUCAGCGCGAAGCGGGGGAAAGAACUCAAAGUCUCACAAGCGUCUUUCCAAAUAUGACAGGCUAAACCUGAUUAAAAAGAGCCAAAGCUGGUACAACCAUGAAAGACAACACAUCCUGAGAGUGCUGAGCCCGACAUACAAGCAGCGCAAUGAGGACUUUAGGAAACUCUUCAAGCAGCUCCCUGACACAGAGAGACUCAUUGUGGACUACUCCUGUGCUCUUCAGCGGGACAUCCUCCUGCAGGGACGACUCUACCUCUCUGAGAACUGGAUCUGUUUCUAUAGCAACAUCUUCCGCUGGGAAACGCUGCUGACGGUGCGGCUAAAGGACAUCUGCUCAAUGACAAAGGAGAAGACCGCCCGGCUCAUUCCCAAUGCCAUCCAGGUCUGCACGGACACUGAGAAGCACUUCUUCACCUCGUUCGGAGCCAGGGACAGGACGUACAUGAUGAUGUUUAGACUGUGGCAGAAUGCGCUGCUCGACAAGCCUCUGUGCCCCAAAGAGCUCUGGCACUUUGUUCAUCAGUGCUAUGGCAACGAGCUCGGCCUGACCAGUGACGACGAGGACUACGUUCCUCCCGAUGAUGACUUUAACACCAUGGGGUUCAGUGAGGAGAUUCCCAAUGAGGAGAACGAGAUCAACAAUGAUAACUUGUCCAAGAACAACGUAGAAGCCAAGCCUGAAGGGAGCCCUCCUCCUGUACAAAAGAAGCUCAUCCCAAACAGCACCAUCCCCACCCCUGGCAACCCCGAUACCAUCACAUUUGACCUCCCAGCUGAGGAAUAUGCAGACUGCCUGCCAGAUGGUGAUCUGCUGGCUGUCCCUCUGGUGGUGGAGGAAAAGAAUGAGACCAGUGGGCCUGCUGGUCCUGUCCCAUCACCGUCACUGGACUUCAAUGACAAUGAAGACAUCCCCACUGAGCUCAGCGAUUCUUCAGAAACACACGACGAGGGAGAGGUACAAGCCUUCCAUGAGGAUCUCAAUGGCAGGCAGCAUAUCAAUGAGAUCUACAAGUUCAGUGUGGACAAGCUGUAUGACAUCCUUUUCACGGAGUCCCAGUUCAUGAGUGAUUUCAUGGAGCAGAGGCGAUUCUCAGAUAUAGUGUACCAUCCAUGGAAGAAGGAGGAAGAUGGGAACCAGACCAGAGAAAUCAUGUACACCAUCUCUCUGUCCAACCCCCUGGCUCCCAAAACAGCCACAGUCACUGAGACACAGACUCUAUACAAAGCCAGUCAGGAGAGUGAGUGUUACAUCAUUGAUGCUGAGGUCAUCACACACGACGUCCCCUAUCAUGACUACUUCUACACUCUCAACCGCUACAUGCUCACGAGGGUGGCCAAGAACAAGUGUCGGUUACGGAUAUCAACAGAGCUGCGUUACAGGAAACAGCCAUGGGGGCUGGUAAAAGGCUUCAUAGAGAAGAACUUCUGGAGUGGGCUUGAAGAAAACUUCCGCCAUCUUGAGUUGGAGCUGUCCAAGCUGGAGGAGAUACUCAUGGAGACUCACCAGCUGUCUCCAAAGGCAAAAGUGGUGAAGAACUCCACGGUGAGGCGCAAGAAGAGGCCGCUUCCCCACAUGCGCAGCCAGCAUCUGGAUGAGGCUCUCAGCCCUGUUACCACGCCGACAGAUGAGGAAGUGAUCCAGAGGAUCAAACACGUGGCCGGCUCCACGCAAACGAGACACCAGAGUCCAGAACACCUGCCCGGAGGCUUCGCUCUGUACAGCGUCUCCAAACUGCUGCUCAUCAUCAGCUUUGUGAUCUGUCUCAGCCUGGUUCUGCUUGUGUUCCUCAACAUGAUGCUUUUCUACAAACUGUGGAUGCUGGAGUACUCUGCACAGUCCUUAACAACCUGGCAAGGUCUGCGGUUUCAUGAAAGUAAACUGCCUCAGACGCAGAUGGAGUGGGCCCAACUCCUGGAGGCACAGCAGCGGUACCACGAUGCUGAGCUGCAAAAGUGGAGGGAGAUUAUCAAGUCAUCCGUAGUGCUGCUGGACCAGAUGAAAGACUCUUUAUUGAACCUCCAGAGAGGCAUUGGUUUAAGGGACUACACCUCUGAGACUGAGGAGAAGCGGAGUCGCUAUCACUGACACACUACCAUCAGGCCAUGAGGGCAUGCUGUGCAAUACGGGACCUGUUUUCUUUUUGAACCAGUAUGCCAUCAGCGGCAAGACAGAGAGAGAACAGAGGGGGGUGGUGGGACCAAUAGUGAGCGGAUCCAUGGACAUAAAGAGAGGAACAGUCAUCUCUAGCGUAUGGAAGUUAAAACCACCCCCAGAGGAUGAAACCACGGACAGAAAGGGUCCCGAUCACACACAGGAAUCGAGGUAUCCCCAACAAGAGGAAGUGCAAGACUUGCUUCCUCUAAACACCUUGGGGAUAACCGUUUCCUUCUACUCUCUUUAUUUCCAAGUGCAUCCUACUGUAAGCCAUGUGAGCCAGGAGCGUGGCGGAGAGAGCGAUGGAAAACUACUGCAUGCAUUUAGACAACUUAUCUCCCCUCAGUCAGUGUUAAUGUGGUCCAGUUCCAGUCUAUGUGUGUCUGAAAAAGAACAGAAGAAGAGGAGAGAUUGAGUCAAAGAAAAGGGGAGGGGGAUCCUUUUGAGUCUUAACGGCUUUCUACACUCUCCGACUGUUCCAAAUCAAUCGUACCCUAGAGGUCCUCGCUGCAGCGUCCCUUCAGUAAACCUCCAGGUGAUCAGAGGACAGGUUCACUCCACGAGAAAAGACGUAUUGUAGCUAGGAGAUCAGCUUCCCUGAUCAGCCCUUAUUGCCUUGUUUGAGCCUGGACUGUGUGGUUUCUGUCCGGGCUGGUUCCCUGACAUACCGAUGAGUAGAGCGUAAGAUUGAUAAGAUGCGAUUCGCAGGCUCGGUUUCUCCCGUCACAGUGUUACCUACCUUAUGUCGCAUUAUUUCUCAUCCUUCUGAUGAAGUCGAAUGUAUUAGUCUGGGGAAAAAAAGAAAAAAAAAAAAGGCUGGACUUUGAUCACAACUUGAUAAACUUUGAAACGGGGACGCUGCAGCUAGACCGACCAGUAGGGAGUCCUGUGUUCUUACAUGUUUUAUUACUAAACUGUGAUUAUAUCUCUUUAAAAAUGUUUCAGAUUGGAAAGAGGUCAUGAAUAUAUUUGAAAUAUAUAAGAAUAUUUCAU